GUUAUCAUGGCGUCUUACUGUUGAGGUGAAACGGGUAGCGGAAACGUACUAACAAAACAGCCAGCAAUAAAUCCUGAAAGAACCUAAGGGACUCGUAUUUUUUUCCGAAGAAUUCGAAGUUGGCAAUUGGAAGAUACGCAAUGAGUACUCAAUAUAGCAUACUUUUCAAGCAAGAACACGCUCACGAUGACGCCAUCUGGACAACGGCCUGGGGUCAGAAUGAAAAGGACCGCACCGAGACCAUCAUCACAGGGUCGCUUGAUGAUACUGUGAAAGUGUGGAAAUGGUCAGAUGAGAAGCUGGAGCUUCAGUGGACACUGGAGGGACACCAGCUUGGGGUGGUGUCAGUGGACAUUAGCCACAAUGGAGCCCUAGCUGCCUCCAGCUCUCUAGAUGCCCACAUCCGACUCUGGGACCUGGAGUCGGGGAAGCAGGUUAAGUCCAUGGAUGCUGGACCAGUGGAUGCCUGGACUGUGGCCUUCUCUCCGGACUCCAAGUACAUUGCUACUGGGAGCCACCUGGGGAAGGUGAACAUCUUCGGUGUGGACAGCGGGAAGAAGGAACAUUCACUAGACACACGAGGGAAGUUCAUCCUGAGCAUUGCUUACAGCCCCGAUGGGAAGUAUUUAGCCAGCGGUGCGAUAGAUGGAAUCAUUAAUAUUUUUGAUAUUGCAACCGGGAAACUUCUCCAUACGCUAGAAGGUCACGCCAUGCCCAUCCGAUCCCUGACAUUCUCUCCGGACUCCCAGCUUUUGGUGACUGCUUCCGAUGAUGGAUACAUCAAGAUUUACGAUGUGCAGCACGCCAACCUGGCAGGGACUUUGAGUGGCCACGCCUCCUGGGUCCUCAACGUGGCCUUCUCCCCUGACGACACACACUUUGUCUCCAGUUCCUCAGAUAAGAGUGUGAAGGUGUGGGAUGCCAGUUCCCGGGCCUGUGUGAAUACCUUCUUUGACCAUCAGGACCAGGUGUGGAGUGUGAAGUACAAUGGCAACGGGUCCAAGAUUGUAUCAGCAGGAGAUGACCGUGCCAUCCACAUUUACGACUGUCCCAUGUGACACCACAAAACUGGAGAAGGGGACACAGGUGUUUCAGCUUGUACCCGCCAGCGGAAAUGUCACCAAGCCAUCAUCCCAGGGAUAAUGACAACAGGAUAUUGUUCGAUGUUUGAAGAAGACAUGUUUUUACUUGGGUAGGGUCCUUUGGAUUUCCCUAAAUCAAGGGAGAUUUUUCUCACUGUCAUCACAUCUUGGUAAACAAAAUAUCACAAAAUCCUCACUUGGCUGUUCUGUAUGGAUUGACAUGCAGUGUGCGAACCAUUCAUGGCAGUUGAAAAUCAUUGGUUUGUAAUGUAAGAUCCAGACUGAAAUGCUAGUAUUAUGCAUGUUUGGUGGAUUUUGACCAAUAUUUCUUCCAGGUUUCCCUGGAUUUUAUGUUCACAGGCAAUAGUUAUCAUUCACUUAAUUACGCCACAAAUAAAGAGGCAGGUACACAUUUUUGCAUCUUUGUUAAAGUCAGCAUACUGACUUUGUAAUCUGUGGCAACAUUUGUGUUGCAUCCUUAAAUGGGUUGUAUUGAAAAAUUACUGCUUCUGCUUUAAUAUACCAUGGGCCACAUUUAUGAAAGGCACUGGGAUUCCAUCUAACGUUUAGUUGAACCAGUUUUUUCCCAAAAAAGUUUGUAGGUGGCAUUUAUAGAAGUGAUCAUAUGCAUGAAUAAAGUGGCUUAGCUCUGAAGUACAAAUAUAGAUAUAAAUCACAGACUGACUCCUAACUGAUCAUGCAGUCGGCUCACAAGCCAGCCAUCAUCCUGGGCAAAGAGAUGAGCUCGGUCCCUAAACACUCUGUCCCUGUGAAGCACGUGGUUCAUCAAGUGCUUUAAUUAAGCUAGUUCAGCCAUGGUCAAAAGUCAGUUAACACAGGUACUGGACCUACUUAUAGACAAAACUUUAUAAAAACCAUUAUAAAAAUGUUGAAAAUUGCUUUCUUCAUGCACACUCAGUCUUGAAUCUGGAGAUCUGUAUCAUCAUAAUAACAAAUGCAGUUAUAGGCUUGUACAUCUCACUAUUAUUUCAAGCCUGUAAUACAACGGCUUGGUCACUUGGAAAGGUUUGUAUGUCAGGUUAGGAGCUUGCAUAGUGCUUUUGUACGUCAGUCUCAAGGUUGAUAAAUCAUUGCUUUUACAUGAAUUUAAACUUAUGCAAAUUAAGUCAAAUGUUUAGCAGUUUGCAAAGUACCACAGAAAAGGCAUCUGAGGUUUCAGAAUUUGUUCUGCUGCUGGCUGGGACCUUUUCUUAUACUGUUAUACUGAGACUGAAAAAGCAAAAAUUCCAUCCCUAAUCCAACAAGAAGCAUGGAGGAAUACUGUAAAAAUCCACAGGUCCUGUUUGAUUUCCAAGCAUUUGUAGAAAUUCAAAACAGCUUUUCAAAAAUCUGUGAAGCAAGUGCAGAAAUGCUCAAUUCAAAAUGUCUUGCUUGUUGAACAAAAGAUGUUGCAGCAGAUUUGGGGGAAAAAAAUCAGUUGUCAUCAAAGCAUUGAUGCUGAAAGUUUGGCCAGAAGGAGUGCAUGUUUUGACUCUCAGAAUACAAAAUCCAGAAGGAUAUGUAAAAAAAAAAAACCUAGAGAUGAAAUAAUAUGAAAAUCUCAGAUGACUACAGUUUCACAUCCACACAAGCAGGACUAUAGGGAUCCUUGCCAACAAUUGAAUUUAAAGGCUCAAAGAAUGAGAUCCAUUUCAAUGUCAACGGCAGCAAGCUAUUUUAACAGUAAAAUUGUUUUACCAAUAUCCAUAAUUCAGGUGUAGAUAGCAAGUAUUUUACAUCAACCAGAUUUCGGUAAUUAUGUUCCUGUAUCUCAGUUAUAGGUAUCUAUAAUGAGAAGUAUUUUAUAUUGGAGUUGAAUUAGGUCUGUGCAGAUACAGAUAUCCUCAGUUGACUUGUGGAUCUGUUACUCAGUUUGAAAUUCUAAAAUGACAAUGGCAGGUAUUCAGUAAGAUUAAUCAGUAGACAUUAAACAACUUUUAACUGAAAAUAUUCAACUCGGUUGUGGAUACACAUUUUAUUUGUGGAUGUUAAUUGUAGAGGUCUCAUUAAAAUGUUAUCAAAGAGAGUGGACUACAUUAAGAAUUAUGAGACGUAUAUGAGAUAUUGAUAUCUCAUAUUCUAUAUAACGACUAACCAUUAGAUCUUUUCUGAAUUAAACCUUUUUCCAGCCAGCUACAGAGAGCACCUCUGUGGAAAGCCAGGUUAUAUUUUGCUUGUAGACCUGCGCAUGUAAAUUAAAUGAUAAUUGAAAGGUGGUUCUGUGGAUUUUGAGGAUUUUCCUAUUCCUGCUGUACAAAGUAUACAGGAGUACAAAUUUAAAAAAGGAGAGGAUUGUCCUUAAUGGUGCCUUCAGAUAAUCGUGCAGGCCUCAAAUCAAAUUCUUGAUUGAACUCAGUUUCACAGAGUCCAAUGACCUUACAAAUCUUUCAGCAGUAUUCAUAAGUCAGUUUUAUCAGUUUGUCACUGUGCCAGUUAAUCCACUUGGCCUCAGUAUGAUGGUUAUUUUUAAGUACCAGAAUACCACACUUCUAUCUGUAUCUGCUGACAAUCAGAUCACCCACAGCUGCUGCCCACUUAACUUUCUCCUCACUUGUGUUUUAAUGCUUUUACAGGCAGCCACUCCCUCACAUCUCCAAGUAUGUCUGACUUUCUUUGUAAAGUGAGAAAAGGUUAACUGAAUGACUGUGACACCUUCAGUAGAAGGAUCCUCAUUUUUCUUCAUCUUUAUUAAAAAAACAACAAUCUAGUUUUUGGUGAAGUUACCCUUUACAGCCUAUACAGGUGUACAUCUUUUACACGCAAAAAUGUCCAUUUUAUUCCAUAGUUCUCCCCAAAAAUCAAAUUCCCAGCCCCACCUGACAAUAAUGACAAUGACACAAACAAGCAGCCUACAGCAACCAGCCUAAUAAAUAUUACUGCGAAAAUCAACCAUCCCUUAGAAUGAACCAUCUGUGUACUACACCAUGUAAUGCACAACUCCCAUUUCCCAAUUUCAGAGCACACAGUCAACUAUUCAAGAAAUCUUAUUUAACCUCAGAAUUUAUGCCAUUUCAGCGAAUAGUGCUGGUUCUUCGCAAUUGAUAUUUGAGUAUUUUUUUCUUUACAAUAAAGUAAAACCAUUUUGAUUUUCUCAAAGUGCAGAGUGAUCAGACAGUAGGGUUUCACAUCCUGUUUCCCCAAUUACACAGACAAGCAAAAUGUUCCAUCUUUUAUUUUUAGGGAAAAAAAAAGUUACACUCAGUUCUGAAAGUGAGAAGAAAUAAACACAGCUGCAAAAAUAAAACCUUUCAAGAAAUUUGUUUGUCUCAAAUGAUAUGUCCAAAUGAUCGGGGUCACCCUGACAAUGAACCGUAAGGAAUGUGAGAGUGGACUGCAGGGUCAAGUUUGGAAAGGCCCUGAUAAAUGUGAGGGUAGCACCCCGAAGCACGAUUGUGUACCUUUAAUGAAUGAGUGACUGUUCACCAUACAUUCCUUUGAGAAGUGAGCAGUACACCAGGACUGAAUUUCUAAGACUAAAAACCUUGCUUUAGCCCAAAAACUUUUUGCUUUUUUUUUUUUUUUUUUUAACCUUCGUUGAAUCUCAAAAUUCAUCAGCGGGCAGUAUCAAGACACCUCUGUCAAGGAAGUGCCAUGCUGUUGACAAUUUGCCUUUCACACUUCAAGAUUAUUUGUCUCCCUUUCACUCAUACAUAUCUCUGGGAAGGGGUGGGGAGAGGCAGAAAAUGGUGAAAUGAAUCCUUGUGAUUGGACAGUGGUGCAGAAUAGUCAUUUUAUCUCAGGUGAACAUACUAAAGUAGCACAACCCCAGACUCGGAAGUGGCCCCUAUUACGCAUCUGUCUGUUGGAGAGGUUACAGCAAAGGCCCUUCCCCAAGUCAUGGUAGGUCUCCCUAUACUUUCAGUACAGAACAAGGCGGAGCAAUGGCUCAGUCUCAAAAGCUUAAACACCAAAGCCUCUACACAGAUAGCUGUUUUGUUUUUGAAGGUUGUCUUGUUCCCUGUGUUAAUUUUUGCUUUAUCUUAGAUAAGCUUUUCAGAGUACCUUUCAGCAACGUGACCUCUAUGUGCUCAAAGAGCUUAUUGGGAGAUCAUCCUUCCUAUUGCCUCCAUUUAAAAAUCAGCAUGGUGCUGGUUUAAAUGUAGUCCUCUGGAAGAGAUGAAAGGGCUAGGCACUUGGACGGUGUGUUGUGAUGGUAAUGCUACUCUUGAGCAGGGUUGCAAACUUAUGAGAGAUUUUCAAUAGGAAUUCAUGGGAAUUGAAUUCCUACAGUCAUUUGAAAUAUACCCUUCAUACCCUUCAGCCAACAACGUUCCUCUGUCUAUAAAACCAUAAACUAGCCGAGUCUUUCAUUCAGAUCUAAGGAUGCAGAAUUAGCUCAGACUUAACUUGACAGAUCGAAGGUAAAAAUACACUAGUAUUACUUUCGAAGUUUUAUGAAAGUCUGUACAAGUAGUCAGGUGGUAAAUAAAAUGUCAACACAAAAUAUACACAUUAAAUUGUAUAAGCUAGCUAAAAUUCUAAAGAAACUGGUUAUGCUGUAUCUGAAAACCUUUUUAGUUAUUCAGCUAUCUAGUUCAGGCCUUGAAAUGAUCAGUAGCUAGUUCACAAGGUAAGUAUGAUUUUUUAAACUAAAUUUAAUUUGCAAAAAUUGUAGUUGC